AAAAUAUUAGAAGUUUACCGUGUUCCCUAAAUAUUCCUGCUCAUGCUCAGAAGAGAUGGCGUCUCAACAGUGACGAAUCGGAACAGAAAAACAGCUUGUGCUAGAGAGGAGUGAUUCAAGAUGGAAGUAAUGAGCUAAAAACAUAUAAGUCAGUAUGAAUGACAUUAACCUGAGUCCAGUUGGGAUGGACCAGCUGAGCGUCUCCUCUGUUAGUGGCUCUAUACCUGUGACUGGGGGUCAGCUGGGGCUGGCAACCUCACCCACCCACCACCCCAUUGCCACACCAGGUAUGCCGGUGGCGAUUCCUAAUUUUGGCCCUUCUCUGGGCUCUCUCCCCUCGGCCCUGUCCCUCAUGCUGCCUAUGGGACCUCUCGGGGACCGGGGGGUGAUGUGUGGGAUUCAAGAGAGGAACUACACCCUGCCGCCUCCCCCUUACCCUCACCUUGAGAGCAGCUACUACAGACACAUCCUGCCAGGCAUAUUGUCAUAUCUAGCAGACAGACCGCCACCUCAGUAUAUCCACCCCAGCUCCCUAAACAUGGAUGGGAACCCUGUCCUCUCUGUGCCAAGCAACCCCUCUGCCCUUGACCCAUACCAGCCUGGAGGAGUGGUGGGAUUGGAGCCCAGCAUGGUGACUUUGGACUCCCGGCAGGUGGGAACCCACAGUGCGCAAAGCCUUCACCCCAGCAGUGGACAUGAAGUGGCCCUGGACACUGGCAUGGCCAUGGAACCGGUGUCUAGAGUGACCAGCCCCAUCUCCACGGAUGGGAUGGAAGAGGACUUGACGAUGGAGGAUGUGGCAGGGGAGCACCAGCAGCUACCCGCGAGCUCCAGGAACCACGAGAACAUUGUCGUGGAUUCUGUGGGGAAUAGUUUGCCGGCGGAAGCGGUUGGCCACAGUGAUGUAAUUCCCAUUCACUCAGGGUCCCUGGAGCUACCUGUUGUCAUGGAAUCGGUGCUCCUGGGCGGGAGGGUCACUAACGGCGGCCUGGGUGAAUCUCUCCACACGGUCGGGAUGAGCUCCAGCUCGGUCAGGGUGGUCCUCUCCAGCUCUCACCCCACCAUGAACCCCCUGGAGCCUGUGUCCAUUCAUGGGGCCAACAUCGGCUUGGAGCCUGUCUCUGCAUCGUCCAUCACAGCCGAGGUGUCUCUGGGACAUGGGCAGGUGGACGCUUCCCCAGAGAAUCUGGUCCUUGUGCCUUCCUCUCUGCAGAUGGAGGAUUCCAACUCCAACAAGGAAAAUAUGGCCACUUCCUUUACAGUAUGGUGCACACUGUGUGGCCAGGCCUACCCAUCGGACUGCCCUCAACACGGACCGGUCACCUUUAUUCCAGACACCCCUAUUGAGAGCCGUGCUCGACUCUCCCUGCCUGGGCAGCUCACCCUGAGGCAGUCUGGGACUGGAGCUGAACUCGGAGUAUUUUCUCGAGAGCCCAUCCCAGUCAGGACCUGCUUUGGACCUCUCGUCGGGCAGCAGUGCAGCUCCUUGGAUGUAUCUGAUUGGUCAGACAAGGCCUCUCUUCAUAUCUGGAAGGUUAUUCAUAACAAUGUGCUGGAGUUCUGUGUUGUCACAACAGAUGAAAAUGAAUGUAACUGGAUGAUGUUCGUUUGCAAAGCAAGGACUGGCAGGGAGCAGAAUCUGGUAGCCUACCCCCACAAUGGUAAAAUAUAUUUCUGCACUUCAAGAGAGAUUCUUCCUGACCAUGAGCUCCUGUUCUACUACAGCAGGGACUACGCCAGGCACAUUGGUGUCCCUGAAAUUCCUGAAGCACAAAUUUGCCAUCGUGGCAAGGAGUGUGCGUCCUACACAGAACUGAAGUCCAGCCUGAACAGCCACACUCACAGCCAUAGCCCAAGCCAGGUGCACAGCAGCAAGCUGGUGAGCAGCCAGUGGCCGGGCAACCCCAAAGAGAGGAAGUUCAAGUGCGCCAUGUGUUCCCGUGCGUUCACCUCGUCCACCAAGCUCAACGUGCACAUCAUGGGCCACGUGGGCAUGAAGCCACACAAGUGUGAGUUCUGCAGCAAAGCCUUCAGUGACCCCAGCAACCUCCGAACCCACCUGAAAAUCCAUACAGGCCAGAAGAAUUACAGGUGUGCAGCCUGUGAAAAGUCUUUCACGCAGAAGGCUCACUUGGCAUCGCAUAUGAUCAUCCACACGGGAGAGAAGAACCUGAAGUGUGAUCAUUGUGACAAGAUGUUCAUGAGGAGGCAGGAUCUCAAACAACACAUUCAGACUCACACACAGGAGCGUCAGAUCAAGUGCCCUAAAUGUGACAAACUGUUCUGGCGAGCAAACCAUUUGAAGAAACACCUGAACUCCCAUGAAGGAAGGAGAGACUAUAUCUGUGAGAAGUGUACAAAAGCUUUCCUGACCAAAUACCACCUCACGAGACACCUGAAAAUCUGUAAGGGGCCGAAGAGCGAGUCUGCACAGGACCUGGAUGAGGAAGAGGAGGAAGAGGAUGAGGACGAAGAAGAGGAGGAAGAGGACGGUCUGAUUGAACCAGCCAGAUUAACCAGUAGCAUGUACGCCCCUGACCAGACACUGACUCCACACAAGUAACUGGUGGAACUACAGUCCUCCACAUCUAGAUACAGAAAUAACUGCAACAACUAUGUUUUGCAGAUGAGACACUGCAGUUGGCAGUUGUCAACAACUAUCUGCAUCAUAGCUUUGCAUUGGUACUUUAAAUAAACUACAUUUUGUUCUGUUGGUAAACAUUAAAAAUGUGUUAUAAUAAAAUCAGAAAAAAAAAUGGUAACACUGACCAUUAACAGUAGUAACUUCUGUACCUAUCGAUGGCAGUGAAACUGGGGAGUGUGGUUUGCUUGGCACCUUGUCACAGGUGGCAUUCCCUCAAUAUGUAAAUCUCGUACCCCACGUGGAACUGCAGGCUAAAUAGAGUGAGUUGACAUGAUGGGUACUAAUACCCAUAUCAAACACUGAAGACAUUGAUGAAGGCGCCCUGUCAUAAUGUUUUUUUUCAUAUUUGCUGAGUGUUUUUAUCUGCUGCCCUGUGAUGCCUAGUAAAAGAAAUGACUUUUCAUAAGGUGCCAAAUUUACAUAUGAAUAGUUUAUAUGAUUUAUUAGCCUUACCUAUGUAUGUUUUGCUGGAAUUAAGCCAGUUCCGAGAGAGAUGCACUGCAGCCUGGUUAAUGUAUGUUCCACUUAUAGAAUAAUUUUUUUUGACUUUGGUGUCAUUUCCAGCUAUAGAAGGUAAAAUCUCAAAUGUUGAAUGUAUUAAUUUAUGCUGUAAGAGUUAAUCUUGAUUUUUGGAUUUUACUUUGUAAGCAAAUGUAUUUGUUAGUUCUCUUGGUUAAGUUCUAUUGUUCUUGAACAGUACCCACAAUGAACCAUUGUGGCAAUAAGCUUUCAAAGCUGCCCGCACUGCCAAAGAGUUAUAUCUCAGAUACCCUUUAAGGUGUUGGCUUCAUAAGUUGCAGAAUUUGAAAGACUGCUCAAUGUGCUGACCAUGCUGUUGACCUGACCUAAUACAGCUGCCAUAUUAAGGUCAAGUGUC